UCGGGGCCGUUUCGCGAGGCCCUUGUUGCCGGUGGGGGUUGGGCGGCCCGAUGGCGACGUUCUUCGGGGAGGUGGUGGCGGCGCCGUCCCGGGCCGGGGUGGACGACGAGGAGGAGGCGGCGGCGGAGCGCGAGGAGACGCCGGAGGACCGCGAGAUCCGCAGGGAGCUGGAGAAGAAAAGGGAGGUCCACAUCCUUUGGAGUUCGAAGUUAAGUGCAUCUACUGGAAGCUUUACAGAUGAGCAGUUUCCUUGCUCUAAGUUUAUAUUGGCGAUAGGACAUAACGCUGUAGCUUUCCUGACCUCAUUUGUUCUGAAUUCUGGAUGCUGGGAAGCAGUUGGCUCUGUCAAAUUGUGGAACGAGUGGUGCAGAACAUCAAAUACAACAAGUGUUCUUCCAACAGAUGCUUUCUGUUUGUUCUACAAAUUAAUAUCUGAUCCAACAGUAUUGUUGUGCCAGUGCAAUUGCUAUGUGGCUGAGGAUCAGCAAUUUCAAUGGCUUGAAAAGGUUUUUGGCUGUAUGCGGGAGGAGGAUCUGCAAGUAACCAUUCUUUCGACAUGUCCUGUAACUGAUUAUAAAACCCCUGAAUCCACUUUAACGCUUCCUUCUCCUUUUCUGAAAGCUUUAAAGACAAAAGAAUUCAAAGAGAUCGUCUGUUGUCCACUGCUGGAGCAGCCAAAUAUUGUACAGGGUCUCCCUGCUGCUGUUCUGAGUUAUUGUCAAGUAUGGCAGAUUCCUGCAGUAUUGUAUCAGUGUUACACGGAUGUCAUCAAACUGGACACUGUUACAAUUGAAGCAUUCAAGCCUGUGCUUUCUUCUAAGAACCUGAAGAGUUUAGUCAAGGAUAUGUCCAAAAGCACAGAGAUACUGAAGAAAUUAGUGACAACCAAUGAAAUUCAUAACAACAUCUAUACAUAAAGAUAAAGUGGACACUUAUCACCAACCAGUACAUUCAAGUCUGAAGAGCACUUUUGUCAACUCCAGUUGCUUAUUUGAAGAUAUUUUGGAAUUAUAGCUGCUUCUUUAAAAGUGGAAUAAAUCCUAAUAGAUUUUUUUAUAUUUUGAGAUACUCUUUAUUUGAGCAUUUUUCAAUGCCUAGAGUGACUUAACACAUGUCAAAUUUUCUUGCUUCACUAGAUGGGACUAUAUUUUUAACAGUUUAUUAACCCAAAGAGAC